GUCGUUUUAAUCUCCAUUAAUAUUCUCGGUAGUCAACCCAAGCCGGCCCUCCAGAUUUUGAUCAGCCAAGACUCGUAGAGACUCUGCAUCAAUUUUCAGUUGAAGAAGAAGAAGAGAAAAUGGGAGGAUUUCUCUCAAGCUUACUCGGACCAGGAGAAGCGAAUGCUGACGACUCUUCCUCAUCGUCCGAUCAGUCAUCCGUUCUCGCGUUUCAUUCAACGGCCAGAUGGCAGCUUCAUUUCAACGAAGCCAAAGAAUCAAACAAGCUGAUUGUCAUCGAUUUCACUGCUACCUGGUGCGGUCCUUGCAAGAUGAUGGCGCCGAUCUUCAGCGCUCUCUCUACUAAGUUCACCGCCGCUGAUUUUGUGAAGAUCGAUGUCGACGAGUUAUCCGAAGUAGCGCAGGAAUUCGGUGUGCAGGCGAUGCCGACUUUCGUUUUUGUGAAGAAAGGAAAGGAAGUGGACAGGGUUGUCGGAGCUAAGAAAGAUGAACUUGAGAAGAAGGUUCAGAAACACCUCUAAAUUCCAAGCCAUAGAGGAUCUCUUCCUUCUGGUUAGCUCUGAUCCUCGCUUCGAACUUUGUAUGGUGUUUCUUUUUUCUUCUUCUUCUCGUAUUCGGAUUGAAAAUGAAAUUUCCAGUUUCGUACAUGAAAUUGAAACUUACAGAGAUAUUUCAAAAUUUAGAUUCGAUAAUUGUUGUUGUAUAAUGUAUAUUACCAAGUAUUAAUACGUUGCAAUGUUUGUUUAACAAUUCUAUCAAUAAUUCAACAUAAACACCAUAA